AUGGCUUCAAUUACAUCGCGCCUUACACCACCACCUUGGCUCCCAGUGCCAUUGCUUGACAGUAUACCCAUCGAGUCAGAUUCAAAAGAAACUAUAAAGAUCAGUCUCCAUGAUCUUUUGCACCAUGUCAAGAUAAGGGUCAACGACGCCGAUUCACACAUUGCGAGAACUCUUCAAUUCCCCAAAGCGACCUAG